CCGCACACUGCGCCCACAAGGGAUCACCCGAGGAUCCACAGUCGUUCGACAGAGCACUUCCAAUCUCCUUCGCGUCUUCCACCGAUACCACACAUCCUAGCCAUGGCGUCCAUGUUCAGACCAUCUUUGUCCAACAUGUUUGUUGCGAUCGUUACUCUUUUGUUCAGCGUGCUGGCAACAGCACAAGACACUGGUUUCACACAAUCGUACUGUUCGUCGCAGAACACGGGAACAGGUGAUGCUUUCUUCUGGACAUACCAAUCGAACGGUAAAUGUACGGACCACUGCAAUAGCGCGGGUACUUACGCCUUCGCUGUCAUUCAGUACACGAACUGCUGGUGCUCGAACUACAUUCCUUCUACCACCACCGACAUCUCCGGUUGCCAGAAGGACUGCCCUGGCUUCCCGGACGAGAAGUGUGGUGACAAAGACGAGGGCUUGUACAUCUACAUCAAGCUCGCCGGACAGCCUUCUGGUACUGCAGGAGGAGGCUCGCAGCCAUCUUCAACAGACGUGAGUAGCGCGACUCCUGUUCCUUCCUCGACGGACUCCCCGUCGUCGUCAGAUGCAGUUACUUCUUCAUCCAACAACAGGCCCUCUUCAACACUUAGGACGGUUGCUACCUCUUCUGCCGCCGUACCAUCUACGAGCGUCCAGGUCAUCACCGAAAGCGGUGCCGUCGUCACGCGAACUGUUAUCUACCAACCCACCCAAGCUGCGUCACAACCCCAACCCUCCAACACUGGCUCGAGCAACACUGGCGCUAUAGUUGGAGGUGUCGUGGGAGGUGUCGCGGCUAUCGCAGUCGUCGUUGGUGGUAUUCUAUUUUUCCUUUGGAGAAGGAAGAAGCAACAGCGCGCAGAGCAGGAACAUCAAGCAGGCAUUACCCGUAACACAAGCACGAUGAGCAAGGCUGGACUGCUUGGAGGACGAACUGUCGCGACUGAUCCUCACUACCCACCGCCAAUUGCCACAAACUUCAGCAAUGCUGGCAGCCGGCACGAUAACGAAUCGAUCAGCCCUAUCUCUGGAUCGCAACGCAGAUACAGCCAGCCGAUGAUGAUUGACUCUCGACUGAACCCGGAGGCAGUACUGAUGUAUCACCCCACAUUUGGGAACAACAGCCGCGAGAGUCUGGGCAGUAUCGACGACAGUCGCGACUAUGGGCGGCAACUUAAUGUGAGGAAUCCUGAUCCACACUGAGCAACCAAUUAUUCCCGGCAUGACAUUUGCACACGAACUCACGAAUCUAAAAUAAUACCGUCAUCACCCUCGUUUGCAACAUGUACAGGAC